AGCGCGCCGCGGUGUGGUGACAGUCGCCAUUUUAUUUUGAAAAUCAAACUGAACUGGGGGCGCAGCGACUCUUCAAUUUCGUCAAGUUUGUUGGGAGAAACAAGAAGGGAUGAACAUCUGAAUUACUUUCUUGGAAGCACGAUGCUGAACUUGAUUUUAAACUGAAGGACUUCACCUAGCACCGAGAGACACUGAUCGACAAACUCAUUUGGAAGCCGAUAUUUUUCACACCUUUUGGGGGGGGGGAGCAGAAGUAACCUAUCACUGAAGUGACUAAAGGGGAAUAAUGGUGAUUUUGCGCCGUGCUCGGCCGCCUGCUUCCGCCCCAACCAGCAAUGAAUCUUGACUCGCUCUCGCUGGCUUUGUCUCAAAUCAGCUAUCUGGUGGACAAUUUAACAAAGAAAAACUACCGAGCCAGCCAGCAGGAAAUACAGCAUAUUGUAAAUCGUCACGGUCCUGAGGCAGACAGGCAUCUACUACGCUGUCUUUUCUCCCAUGUGGAUUUCAGUGGCGAUGGUAAAAGCAGUGGCAAGGACUUUCACCAGACACAGUUUCUGAUCCAGGAGUGUGUGUCGCUGAUAUCAAAGCCAAACUUCAUCUCUACUCUGUGUUACGCUAUCGACAAUCCCCUGCACUACCAGAAGAGUUUGAAGCCAUCGGCCCACUUAUUCACCCAAUUGAGUAAAGUUCUUAAGCUCAGCAAGGUCCAAGAGGUGAUAUUUGGCCUUGCUCUGCUCAACUCCAGCAACGCAGACCUUCGGGGUUUUGCUGCGCAGUUCAUCAAGCAGAAACUUCCAGACCUCCUGCGGUCAUACGUUGACGCAGAUCUCGGAGGAAACCAGGAAGGUGGCUUCCAAGACAUUGCCAUAGAGGUCUUACACCUACUGCUCUCCCAUCUACUGUUUGGCCAGAAGGGAGCCAGUGGGGUAGGCCAAGAGCAGAUCGACGCCUUCCUCAAGACACUUUGCCGAGAUUUCCCCCAGGAGCGCUGCCCUGUGGUGCUCGCACCACUGCUGUACCCUGAAAAACGGGACAUUCUCAUGGACAGGAUCCUGCCAGACUCGGGGGAGUUAGCUAAGACCAUGAUGGAGAGUUCUCUUGCAGAAUUCAUGCAAGAAGUUGGCUAUGGCUUCUGUGCAAGUCUGGAUGAGUGCAGAAACAUAAUCCUCCAGUAUGGGGUGAGAGAGGUGACAGCCAGCCAGGUAGCCAGGGUCCUGGGCAUGAUGGCUCGUACCCACUCCGGCCUAACUGAUGGCAUCCCACUACAGUCCAUCUCUGCUCCUGGAAGUGGUAUCUGGAGUGAUGGUAAGGAUAAGAACGACGGCUCGCAGGCACACACGUGGAACGUUGAGGUUCUUAUCGACGUAGUCAAAGAAGUGAAUCCCAACCUGAACUUCAAAGAGGUGACAUAUGAACUGGACCACCCAGGCUUUAUAAUCCGGGACAGCAAAGGCCUGCAUAUUGUGGUGUAUGGCAUUCAGAGGGGAUUGGGCAUGGAAGUUUUCCCUGUCGAUCUCAUCUAUCGGCCAUGGAAACACGCAGAGGGACAGUUGUCAUUCAUUCAGCACUCCCUGAUAAGCCCAGAAGUGUUCUGUUUUGCUGACUACCCUUGCCACACUGUUGCAAUCGACAUCCUUAAGGCCCCACCAGAGGAUGACAACAGGGAGAUUGCAACCUGGAAAAGUCUGGACCUGGUGGAGAGCCUGCUUAGGCUGUCUGAGGUGGGCCAGUACGAGCAGGUGAAGCAGCUGUUUAGCUUCCCAAUCAAGCACUGCCCAGACAUGUUGGUGCUGGCAUUGUUGCAGAUCUCCACCUCCUGGCACACACUGCGUCAUGAGCUCAUCUCUACCCUAAUGCCCAUCUUUCUGGGCAACCAUCCCAACUCUGCCAUUAUUCUGCACUACGCCUGGCAUGGACAGGGACAGUCUCCCUCCAUCCGUCAGCUAAUUAUGCAUUCAAUGGCUGAGUGGUACAUGAGAGGUGAACAGUAUGACCAGGCCAAGCUGUCUCGCAUCCUGGAUGUGGCGCAGGACUUGAAGUCUCUAUCGAUGCUGCUGAAUGGUACUCCAUUUGCCUUUGUUAUUGACCUUGCUGCACUUGCCUCUCGCCGUGAAUACCUCAAACUUGAUAAAUGGUUGACUGACAAAAUCAGAGAGCAUGGGGAACCUUUUAUCCAGGCGUGUGUUACAUUCCUGAAGAGGCGGUGCCCAUCCAUUAUGGGGGGUCUGGCCCCUGACAAGGACCAGCCCAAAAGUGCCCAGCUGCCCCCAGAGACCUUAGCCACCAUGCUGGCCUGCCUGCAGUCCUGUGCUGGGAGUGUGUCUCAGGAGCUGUCAGAGACGAUCUUGACCAUGGUUGCCAACUGCAGCAAUGUAAUGAACAAAGCUCGGCAGCCGCCACCAGGGGUUAUGCCAAAGGGACGUGCCCCUAGCACCAGCAGCCUGGAUGCCAUCUCACCUGUACAGGUAUCUCCAUGUGAAAGACUCAUCACGCCUCUGCAGGAAAACUUUGAAAUGCCCUUUCAUAUGGACCCUCUCUCUGGGAUGGCUUCCUUGAGCCUGGGAGGUACGGCCACCUCCCACACUCAGAGCAUGCAGGGUUUUCCCACCUCACUGAGCUCAGCUUUCAGUAAUCCCCAGUCCCCAGCAAAGGCCUUCCCGCCCCUCUCAACCACCAAUCCCAGCACACCAUUUGGGGGCAUUGGCAGCUUGUCCUCACAGCUCCCUGGUAUGGACUCUGGUCCCCUGGGCUCAGGCAUCGGCUCUGGUAUUGGGUCUGGCCUGGGGAUGUCGGCAGUCAGCACCGAUCCAUUUGGCACCAGGAAGAUGAGCACACCAGGCCUGAACCCACCUACCUUUCAGCAGACUGACCUUUCUCAGGUGUGGCCUGAGGCAAACCAGCACUUUAGUAAGGAGAUAGACGAUGAAGCAAACAGUUACUUCCAGCGCAUCUACAACCACCCACCUCACCCGACUAUGUCUGUGGAUGAGGUGCUGGAGAUGCUACAGAGGUUCAAGGAUUCAACCAUCAAGCGGGAGCGAGAGGUGUUCAAUUGCAUGCUUCGGAACUUGUUUGAGGAGUACCGUUUCUUCCCCCAGUACCCAGACAAGGAGCUGCACAUCACUGCCUGCCUUUUUGGCGGCAUUAUCGAGAAGGGUCUUGUCACCUACAUGGCCCUGGGCCUUGCCCUCCGAUAUGUUCUUGAAGCGUUAAGAAAACCUUAUGGAUCCAAAAUGUAUUACUUUGGAAUUGCCGCUUUAGAUAGGUUCAAAAACAGACUAAAGGAUUACCCUCAAUAUUGUCAACACCUGGCUUCAAUUGCCCACUUCUUGCAAUUCCCCCACCAUUUACAAGAGUGUGUGCAGUAUAUCGAGUAUGGCCAACAGUCACGGGACCCUCCGGUGAAGAUGCAAGGCUCCAUCACCACCCCCGGAAGUCUGGCACUGGCACAAGUACAAGCACAGGCCCAGUCGCAGCAGCCUGGGGUCCCCAAAGCACCACAGCCAGGUCAACCCAGCACCCUCGUCACCACCACUACGACUACAACCACAGUAGCCAAGACCACCACCAUCACAAGACCCACACCCAGCAGCUUCAAGAAGGAUGUGCCUCCCUCCAUAAACACUACCAACAUUGACACUCUGCUGGUGGCCACUGACCAAACAGAAAGGAUUGUAGAGCCUCCAGAGAAUGUCCAGGAGAAAAUCGCUUUUAUCUUCAACAACCUCUCUCAGUCCAACAUGACACAGAAGGUUGAAGAGUUGAAAGAGACGGUGAAGGAGGAGUUCAUGCCCUGGGUUUCUCAGUACCUGGUGAUGAAGCGUGUCAGCAUCGAGCCCAACUUCCACAGUCUCUACUCCAACUUUCUGGACACUCUCAAGAACCCUGAGUUUGUCAAGAUGGUCCUCAACGAAACAUACAGGAAUAUUAAGGUCCUGUUGACCUCUGACAAGGCAGCUGCCAAUUUCUCUGAUCGCUCCCUGCUGAAGAACCUGGGCCACUGGCUGGGCAUGAUUACACUGGCCAAAAACAAGCCUAUCCUCUAUACAGAUCUGGAGGUGAAGUCUCUGCUACUGGAAGCCUAUGUGAAAGGCCAGCAGGAGCUACUUUAUGUUGUUCCCUUUGUGGCCAAAGUUUUGGAGUCCAGUCUACGGAGCAUGGUUUUCAGGCCACAGAACCCUUGGACCAUGGCUAUCAUGAAUGUUCUCGCUGAGCUGCAUCAGGAACAUGACCUCAAGCUGAACUUGAAGUUUGAGAUUGAAGUUCUUUGUAAGAACUUGUCUCUGGACAUCAAUGAUCUGAAGCCGGGAAACCUGCUGAAAGAUAAGGAGAAGCUUAAGAGCCUGGAGGAGCAGCUGUCGGCACCAAAGAAAGAGACAAAGCCUCCAGAAGAGAUGCUCCCAGUUUCUACCACAGGAGACUUUGCUCCAUUUGCAGCUCCUCCAUCAACCCCAGCUGCCACCACCACCACCACUUGCACAACCACUGGGCCCCCCACCCCACAGUUCAGCUACCAUGACAUCAAUGUGUAUGCCUUGGCAGGCCUGGCCCCACACAUCAAUAUAAAUGUCAACAUCCCUCUACUACAGGCCCAUCCUCAGCUGAAGCAGUGUGUGCGGCAGUCAGUUGAACGGGCCGUCCAAGAGCUGGUGCACCCUGUGGUUGAUCGCUCUAUCAAAAUUGCCAUGACAACCUGUGAGCAGAUCAUCAGGAAGGACUUUGCCCUGGAUUCAGAGGAGUCCCGCAUGCGUGUGGCUGCCCACCAUAUGAUGAGAAAUCUGACCGCUGGCAUGGCAAUGAUCACCUGCCGCGAGCCGCUGCUCAUGAGCAUCGCCACCAACCUUAAGAACAGCUUUGCUGCUGCACUUAGAGCACCAACUCCCCAACAGAGAGAGAUGAUGGAGGAGGCUGCAGCCAGGAUUGCCCAAGACAACUGUGAAUUGGCUUGCUGCUUCAUUCAGAAGACAGCUGUGGAGAAGGCUGGCCCUGAAAUGGACAAGAGACUAGCCACGGAGUUUGAGCUGAGGAAACACGCACGCCAAGAAGGACGUCGUUAUUGUGAUCCAGUCGUGCUGACUUACCAGGCUGAACGUAUGCCUGAGCAGAUCAGACUCAAGGUGGGAGGAGUGGACCCCAAACAACUGGCUGUAUAUGAGGAGUUUGCCAGGAACGUUCCAGGUUUCUUGCCCAGUAAUGAUCUCUCUCAGCCCACUGGCUUCUUGGCUCAGCCAAUGAAGCAACAGGCAUGGGCCACAGAUGAUGUUGCUCAGAUCUACGAUAAGUGCAUGGCAGACUUGGAGCAGCAUCUUCACGCCAUCCCUCCAGCUCUUGCCAUGAACCCCCUGACCCAGGCCCUGCGCAGUCUGCUGGAGGCUGUAGCCUUGGCGAGGAACUCCAGGGAUGGCAUCGCAGCCCUUGGCCUGUUGCAGAAGGCUGUUGAAGGUCUUCUGGAUGCCACUAGUGGGGCUGAUGCUGACUUGCUGCUCCGCUACAGGGAGUGCCACCUGCUGGUACUUAAAGCCCUACAGGAUGGACGUGCCUACGGACCACAGUGGUGCAACAAGCAGAUCACCAGGUGUCUGAUUGAGUGCCGUGAUGAGUACAAAUACAACGUGGAGGCAGUGGAGCUUUUGAUCAGGAACCACCUUGUGAAUAUGCAGCAGUAUGAUCUGCACCUGGCACAGUCAAUGGAAAACGGACUGCACUACAUGGCAGUUGCAUUCGCCAUGCAGUUGGUGAAGCUGCUGCUGGUGGAUGAACGCAGCGUCAGCCACGUCACAGAAGCUGAUCUCUUCCACACAAUUGAGACUUUAAUGAGGACCUGUGCACACUCUAGAGCCAACGCACCUGAGGGUCUUCCCCAGCUGAUGGAUGUCGUUCGCUCCAACUAUGAGGCCAUGAUCGACCGGGCUCACGGCGGACCCAACUUCAUGAUGCACUCCGGGAUCUCACAGGCAUCAGAAUAUGACGAUCCUCCUGGCCUGAGGGAGAAGGCGGAGUAUCUCCUGAGGGAAUGGGUCAACCUGUAUCACUCUGCUGCUGCUGGCAGGGAUAGCACCAAAGCUUUCUCUGCUUUUGUUGGCCAGAUGCACCAGCAGGGCAUCCUGAAGACCGACGACUUGAUCACAAGAUUCUUCAGGCUGUGCACAGAAAUGUGUGUGGAGAUAAGCUAUCGGGCUCAGGCCGAGCAGCAACACAACCCAGCAGCCAGUGCAGCUAUCAUCAGAGCCAAGUGUUACCACAACCUGGAUGCCUUUGUAAGGCUCAUAGCCCUGCUGGUCAAACACUCUGGAGAGGCCUCGAACACAGUGACAAAAAUCAACCUCCUCAACAAGGUGCUGGGUAUUGUCGUUGGGGUGUUGAUCCAGGAUCACGAUGUCCGUCAGACAGAAUUCCAGCAGCUGCCGUACCACCGCAUCUUCAUCAUGCUGCUGCUGGAACUCAAUGCCCCCGAGCACGUCCUCGAGACCAUCAACUUCCAGACACUCACAGCCUUCUGCAAUACCUUCCACAUCCUGAGACCCACCAAAGCACCCGGCUUUGUGUACGCCUGGCUGGAACUCAUCUCCCAUCGCAUCUUCAUCGCCAGGAUGCUAGCACACACACCACAGCAGAAGGGUUGGCCCAUGUACGCACAGCUGCUGAUUGAUCUCUUCAAGUACCUGGCCCCUUUCCUGAGGAAUGUAGAGCUCAACAAACCUAUGCAAAUCCUCUACAAGGGCACACUGCGAGUGCUCCUGGUCCUGCUGCAUGACUUCCCAGAGUUCCUAUGUGACUACCAUUAUGGCUUCUGUGAUGUUAUCCCACCCAACUGCAUCCAGCUCCGCAACCUCAUCCUCAGUGCCUUUCCACGCAACAUGAGGCUCCCUGACCCUUUCACACCCAAUCUCAAGGUGGACAUGCUGAGUGAGAUCAACAUCGCUCCCCGUAUCCUCACCAACUUUACAGGCGUCAUGCCUUCUCAGUUCAAGAAGGAUCUGGAUUCAUAUCUGAAGACCCGUUCACCGGUCACUUUCCUGUCUGAGCUGCGCAGCAACCUGCAGGUGUCAAAUGAGCCAGGAAACCGCUACAACAUCCAGUUGAUCAAUGCUCUAGUGUUGUAUGUAGGCACACAGGCAAUCGCUCACAUCCACAACAAGGGCAGCACCCCCUCCAUGAGCACUAUCACCCACUCUGCACACAUGGACAUCUUCCAGAACCUGGCCGUGGACCUGGACACAGAGGGGCGUUACCUGUUCUUGAACGCGAUCGCCAAUCAGCUACGCUACCCAAACAGCCACACUCACUACUUCAGCUGCACCAUGCUUUAUCUGUUUGCUGAGGCCAACACUGAGGCCAUCCAGGAGCAGAUCACCAGGGUUCUGUUGGAGAGGCUGAUAGUGAACCGGCCUCACCCGUGGGGUCUCCUCAUCACCUUCAUCGAGCUGAUCAAGAAUCCUGCCUUCAAGUUCUGGAGUCACGACUUUGUGCACUGUGCCCCCGAGAUUGAAAAGCUGUUCCAGUCAGUAGCCCAGUGCUGCAUGGGACAGAAGCAGGCCCAGCAGGUGAUGGAAGGCACUGGUGCCAGCUAGCCUGUGAACCAGUCAGCUCGAAGCCCUCGGGAGAGAUACCGCGGCCUUGACCCACUCCCCCACCACACACCUCCCUCUUUACUGUUGGCACUGGAUAAACUGGCAACCACAGUUAUUUGAAAUGUGGACAAAAGGACUACUGCUCACGGAUCUAAAGAGUUAGAUUUUUUUGUUUAUCCCUUUGGGGCUGAAUUCAGAUGGAGAGAAUGGAUUGGGACAUGCUGUUUAAUAUACUUUUUUUGAUGCUUUGAUGUAAAUAUUGGAAAAAAGGGAGAACGGAAGAGUAGAUAAGUGGAGAGCAAUGAACAUGUCAAAUAAAAAUGUAUCCUGACAUGUAAAGACAUCUAAACAUAUUUUCACUCACUACCAAAGUCCUUGGUUUGCUUCCCUCCCACACAAAUCCUUUUGUUCUGACUUUUUUUUUUUGCUUUCAGAGGCUGAAUGGUAGAUGAUUGAAGAAAAAAAGCUGCCUGCUACUUUCAUUUAAUUCCUUUUUAUCCCUGAGCGGGACAGGAAGAUGUAGUUAGUCUCCCAGGUGGGGUGGGGGUCUACUCCUGGUGUGUUGGUGGAGACGGUUUGUUCAUUUCAAACCGGCUCUGAAAGUCUCUCCCUGGCACUUGUAAAAUUGUGCAAAGUGAGAAUGGUGACAUCGUAUCUUGACAAUUUGUACAAAGAUCCAAAUUGAAGAACAACAAUUGAAGGACCAAUACAGCCCAUUUUGUAACAUUUUGAAUGUUUUGUAAAUGUAUUGGUCCAUGUGUUGUAUUUUGUAGUCCUUUCUAGUUUGCCUUUAGUUCUUGCUACUUAAUUGCAGUAUGCAUACAUAAAGGAAAUAAAGCAUUCAAACUGCA